GAUAUCCACCCAUGGUGCUGCGUAAGUCGGCACUGUAACUGUCGUCUGCACAGUGGGGGGAAAUCUCCAUCGUAGUCAGGAGGGAGACGCGGAAAAGAGCUUUUGUCUUUCUUUAGAUCAUCAAGUUUUAACAUUUUAUGACUGUUUUACAACAAAGCAAUUGCCUGGGUGUGAUAAGCCGCAUAGUCUAUCCAUCAGAUUCCUUUCUCGACAGCACGUUGGUGUUUCUGAUCACAUUUCUUGCUUUGAUUUAUUUCUGAUUGCUGAAUAAUCAGUUAUUAAUAAUGCAAAAACGGAAGAAGCCAGAUCCGAUCCAACUCAAUCCAAUUCCUGAUGGAAAUGCUGUUAACGGAACCGGUGCUACAGAAACAAACCUGGAGGCUUUGCAGAAGAAGUUGGAGGAGUUGGAACUGGAUGAGCAGCAGAGGAAGCGUUUGGAGGCCUUCCUCACACAGAAGCAGAAGGUGGGCGAGCUGAAGGACGAUGACUUUGAGAAGAUUUGUGAGCUGGGCGCGGGCAACGGUGGUGUGGUCUUCAAGGUUUUGCACAGACCCUCUGGACUCAUCAUGGCCCGGAAGCUGAUCCACCUGGAGAUCAAGCCAGCCAUCAGGAACCAGAUCAUACGAGAGCUGCAAGUGUUACACGAAUGUAAUUCUCCCUACAUUGUAGGAUUUUAUGGGGCUUUCUACAGUGACGGAGAGAUCAGCAUUUGCAUGGAGCACAUGGAUGGUGGCUCACUGGACCAAUCUCUGAAAAAAGCAGGCAAGAUCCCAGAGCAAAUACUGGGCAAAGUUAGCAUUGCGGUGAUAAAAGGGCUUUCCUACCUAAGAGAGAAGCACAAAAUCAUGCACAGAGACGUGAAGCCAUCCAACAUCCUGGUGAACUCACGUGGUGAGAUCAAGCUGUGUGACUUUGGUGUGAGUGGACAGCUUAUUGACUCCAUGGCCAACUCGUUUGUGGGCACUAGAUCCUACAUGUCUCCUGAGCGUCUGCAGGGAACUCACUACUCUGUUCAGUCUGACAUCUGGAGUAUGGGUCUCUCGCUGGUGGAGAUGGCCAUUGGCCGCUUCCCCAUCCCGCCACCUGAUGCUAAAGAGCUGGAGCAGAUCUUUGGCCUCCCCAUGGAGGGGGAUCCCUCGUUCAGUGAGGCCUCUACUAAACCCAGGCCUCCUGGCCGGCCUGGCAGCUCAUAUGGACCUGACAGCAGGCCGCCAAUGGCCAUCUUUGAGCUGCUUGACUACAUUGUCAAUGAGCCACCUCCCAAGCUGCCAGGCAUCUUUGGCACAGAAUUUCAAGACUUUGUUAACAAAUGUUUAAUCAAAAAUCCUGCAGAGAGGGCAGAUCUGAAGCAACUGAUGGUCCAUCCGUUCAUAAAGACUUCAGAGGCAGAAGAAGUGGACUUUGCUGGAUGGCUGUGCACCACCAUAGGCUUAAAUCAGCCAGCGACCCCAACCCAUGGAGUGGGGAUGUGAAAAGGACUUCCCUUAUUCAAGCUAAACACACACAUACAACAGUAUUUCUAUGUGGUCUCCAAUUUAACAGCAAUCUGCCAUUCAGCUCAAUAGCCAAUCACUGCCUCUUGUAAUCCCUUGCAUUGAUGUCAUAAGUAUUAAGAAGAGGUUUAUGAAGCAUAAAGCUGUAAUAACAAAUGCCCACAUUUAUAUGUGGAACCUUUUCAAAAAAUUUACACAAACUGAAUGUGAUCCUGUAGUAUCCUGUUAGAUUAAAAUCUCUCUUCAACAUAUUUAACUCUCAGAAGUAUUUUUCUGCUGAAUGUGUCCCUGAAAAUUGGAAGUAAAAUAAUAAUAAUAAUUAUUAUUCCCAGUAAAACCACACAAUUGUAUUACAAGUUAGUUUAUCAGAAAAUAUUUAAAACUUCCAAUUUAAAUAUGUUGAUGUGUGAUGCCACUACAAGAUUUUUUAGAAGUACAUUUUCAAUUCUUCCACAGGUUUGAAGACCAUUUUAAUGCAAUUGUAAACUAAAUAAUUGCUUUCACUUUAAACACCUUUGAGGAGACAUUAAAGGAGAAAGCAUUGGUGCCAUUAAAAUUGGCAACAGUAAACACUUCUAUUAGACAUUUUAGACAUUUUCUUCCAUUAAUGUGCGUUGAACACUAAAGCUCAUCUCUAAAAAUAGUCUGCGUUAAUUUUAUCCACAUUCUUACUCUGUCAUCCCUGCAAUACUUUAGAACUGUUUACUUUCUUUGUCUUUCCCUUUAUUUCAAGUGUAAGGUUUGUGCAGUCCUAUGACUUGUUGAACAAGAAAACUCCUGCAACUAUAAAUUGUAAUAAAUUAUAAUAAAGACAAUUUAUUUAACUGA